AUCCCCUUAAGAAGCGUCGCCCAUCUCCCUGAAAUUAUUUUGACAACCGCUAAUUUACGUCCUUCUUUUCACACGAUACCCGACCGUUACCUUUCAAUCGAUCACUUAUCUAUCUUCUUCAAUUGUCUAAUACAUUUUCGCUACAAUGCCGUCCGCACUUGAGACCGAGAACCAUGUUCGCGACCAGGAGUUCGCGAAGGCCAUGCACGGCAAGUCUGCUGCUGAGCAGAACCACUUCAUGGCGUGGAUGAAGAAGGAUAAGGGUGCCCAGAAGGAGGCUGUGGAUGAAUACUUCAAGCACUGGGACAACAAGGCUGCUAAGGACGAGACUGAGGAAGUCCGUGAGGCCAGAAGAGCAGAAUACGCGACGUUGACCAAGCACUACUACAACCUUGCUACCGACUUGUACGAGAACGGAUGGGGACAGUCUUUCCACUUCUGCCGCUUCGCAUACGGCGAGCCAUUCAACCAAGCUAUCGCUCGCCACGAGCACUACCUUGCGCACAGCAUUGGUAUCAAGCAGGGCAUGAACGUCCUUGAUGUUGGCUGUGGUGUUGGUGGACCAGCCAGGGAGAUUGCCAAGUUCACCGGCGCCCACAUCACCGGAUUAAAUAACAACGACUACCAGAUUGAGCGCGCAACUGCAUACGCAAAGAAGGAGGGCCUUUCGGACCAGUUGAAGUUUGUCAAGGGUGAUUUCAUGCAAAUGGGUUUUCCAGAGGAGACUUUCGAUGCCGUCUACGCUAUCGAGGCUACCGUCCACGCACAAUCGCUCGAGGGUGUAUACCACGAGAUCUUCAAGACCCUGAAGCCCGGCGGAGUCUUCGGUGUUUACGAGUGGCUCAUGACCGAUAACUAUGAUGCAACCAACGUCAAGCACCGUGAGAUCCGUCUCGGUAUUGAGCAAGGAAACGGCAUCUCGAACAUGGUCAAGAUAUCUGAGGGUCUCCGUGCUAUCGAGGCUGCCGGAUUUGUUCUGGAGAUGCACGAGGAUCUUGCAAAGCGCGACGACCCUUCCCCAUGGUACUACCCCAUUGCCGGUGACUUCAAGUACAUGGGCAGCAUCUGGGAUUUCCCAACUAUUGCACGUAUGACAAAGCUUGGUCGUGGACUUGUCCACAAGUUCGUCUGGGGUCUCGAGUGCCUCAGGAUCGCACCACCAGGAACCAACAAGUCCGCUGACAACCUCGCUUUGGCCGCAGACAUGUUGGUCGAGGGUGCCAAGUUGGACCUGUUCACCCCGAUGUACCUGAUGGUCGCCAGGAAGCCAUUGAACUAAAGAGGAGCUGUGAAGAAUAGGAGUUUGGGUUUCAAUUUAGCUGGGGGCAUAGAAUAUUCAUGUACAAAAAUCAACUGCGGGGCCAUUUCGGCAUACACUGGCCGCCUGCUUGCACCUGCAUGGUAGUAGUUAGUUUUCACUGUUUCGGGGAUGAUUUUCGGCGAUGCUUUUCGCGGAUCGAUUGCCAUGAGUUGAGUGCAGCGGCGCCAGAUAUUACAGUUAAAGUAGCAUAAAUACGCAAUAAUAAUAUAUAAUACGUGU